AAGAAAUAAUUGCCACGGCUCUGGCUUAACUGAGUCCUGUGUCUGCAGCUUUAAAACUGGUUGAUUCAGGGAGUAAUCAAAGUGGGUGAAGAGAAGAGAGAUCAUUAAACAACACCUGUUAACAACAUGGCUGGUGAUGAUGAUACCAUAUAUGUUGCAGUAGGAGAAGUUGAAGAAAGUGUGCUCACUUUGUUAUGGACAUUACAAAAUCUUAGUCCUCGAAAAGUUUGCAUCCUUCAUGUUCAUCAGCCUUCCAAAAUGAUCUCCUCCAUUAGUGGGAAUUUAGCUGAAAUCAUGUUUGACCAACGACAACUCAGGGGUCUAGAGGAAGUUGGAAUGGGCAUGAUGGAUCGGAUCAUGGAAGAGUACCUUCUUUGUUGUAGUCAAGCAGGGGUCAGUGCAAUAAGAUUAUCUAUUCAGAGGGAUGAUGUUGCAAAGGGGAUUGUCGAGUUGAUUCACCGGCAAAAUAUCAAGAAGCUAGUCAUGGGAGCAGCAGCUGACGAGCACUUCUCAGAGGGAAUGUGGCUCAUGUCUGAGAAAGCACAAUAUGUGAACGAAAAUGCACCAUUUUCCUGUCAAAUUUGGUUCAUUUGCAGGGAGCACCUUGUCCACACAAGGUUUGAAACUGGGCAAUCAUCAAAUGCACAAAGUCCAUCAGGUUCCAGUUAUUUGACGAGCUCUAGUGAGGCUGCUGGUAUCUUAGACUCGACUGUGUAUGAGGAAAGAGAGGAGAGUGAGAGUGAUGUUGAGCCAUUUGUAUUGCUUCACUCUGGAGAGGAAGUAGUUAGCAGUGAUCACCUAUAUGAUCAACUUGAAAAGGCACUGCAGGAAGCUGAAUCAUCCAAUCGAAAAGCAUUUGAAGAGUCUGAAGGGCGUGUGAAAGCUGAAAUGAAUGCUGUCCGGGCUAUGCGCCAAGCAACAAGAUUUGAAAGGUUGUACAAUGAAUACAAGAGAGAAACUGAGGUAGCACUAGCAAAACAGAAAGAGGACCUCGAAAGGAUGAAAAGGAUGAGAGAUGAAGAGCAUUCUGUUGCCAGGGAACAAAAGUCUAUGCUGGAGAGCCAAAAAAACGAGUUGUCAUCAGCUAUGGAGCAGUUACAAAUUUCACAGAAAGAACACGAUGAGUUGCAAGUAGAGCUUGAAAAUACUCGCAAAGUAACUGAAGAGCUUUUGAGAAAACAAGCAGAAGAGACCUCAAGCACACGAAUGCAGCAAUUCGACCCUGAUCGGUUGUCUGUCUCAGAGAUUCAUGAUGCAACUUUGGAUCAGUUACGAAUUUGCCAGAAAGAAAAAGACGAGUUGCAGGUUGAGCUUGAAAAUACUCGUAAGAUAACCGAAGAGCUUUUAAGAAAACAAGCGGAAGAUACCUCAAGCACACAUAUGCAGCCAACCUUUACAGAGUUUUCCAUCUCAGAGAUUGAGGAAGCCACUGAGGAGUUUCACCCCUCCUUUAAGAUUGCAGAUGGAGCUCGAGGGAGUGUAUACUAUAAAUGCGUCCUUCGUCACACUGAAGUUGCUAUAAAGGUGCUUGGCCCAAAUAGCUUACAAUACCCCUCUGAAUUCCAACAGGAGGUUGAUGAUUUGAGUAAAUCGAGGCAUCCAAACCUGGUAGCUUUCAUUGGAGCCUGCCCUGAAAAUUGGGCUCUAAUCUAUGAAUAUCUUCCUAAUGGAAGCCUUGAAGAUCAUUUGAACUGCAGCAAUGACGCCCAACCGCUGUCAUCGCAGAAAAGGAUACACAUAGCUACUGAGCUAUGCUCUACUCUCAUGUUUUUACAUUCCAGUAAACUAGUUCAUGGCAACUUAAAACCCAGGAAUAUUCUCCUUGAUGACAACUUUGGCUGCAAACUGAGCGACUUCGGAGAACGCCGUGCACGGUCUCUUCUGGAAAACUCAAGCAAUGCACAUCCUUACUUAGAUCCUGAUUUCCUUAAUACAGGAAGAUUAUCUCACAGUUUAGACAUAUACCCUUUUGGCAUUAUACUAUUACAGUUACUGAGUGGGAGAUCAACUCAGAAUAUAGCUGAGACCGCACAAGAUGCACUACGAAAUGGAGGAAAUCUGAAUUCCUUCUUAGAUUCUUCAGCUGGAGUAUGGCCACACCAAGUUGCACAGUUGACUCACUUGGCUAUAAGAUGUUGUCAUAUUAACCGCAGCCGUCGACCUGAUCUUGCUUCAGAGGUCUUGAAGGUGCUUGAAACGAUGAGACCUUCUCCCGGAGCGUCAUUAUCAUACCCUGAUGAGUCUGAAGAUGAUAAUCGUGAGCCUCCACCUUAUUUCAUUUGCCCUAUUUUACAGGAAGUUAUGAGUGAACCCCAUGUGGCAGCUGAUGGUUUUACUUAUGAGGCAACAGCAUUGCAGGGAUGGCUAGCUGACCAUGAUACCUCACCUAUGACAAACCUCAGGCUUCCGCAUCGAAAUCUUAUCCCUAACUUUCCUCUUCGUUCUGCUAUUCAGCAGUGGCAGCAAAAUCGCUGAAAUUGUAAUUUGUUCCAG